UUAGUAGAGAUAGGGUUUCACCAUGCUGGCCAGGCUGGUCUUGCACCCCUGACCUCAAGUGAUCUGCCUGCCUCAGCCUCCCAAAGUGCUGGGAUUACAGGCAUGAGCCACCACGCGUGGCCUUUUUUUUAAAGCUUUUUUGUAAGUCAGCUAGCAAGAACACAGGAAGAAAUACUCAAAUCUCCCUUACCCAGCUGGGGGCUAUGUCAGGUUUUAUAAGCAUAGGGUAAUGAGUUGUGAUUUGAUUGGAUCUUGCAAUAAAGUAAUGCUGGGAGGUGUGAUCUGACUGGAUCCUGCCAUGGGGUGACAGCAAAACUCAAUCUGAUUGGAUCCUGGCUCCUGCCAUGGAGUGUCCAGUUCUUAAAUCAGUCUCAGCUCUUCAGGCCGAGCUUUUAGUUUCCACUCCGUGGUUGCAUGCUUGGUUAACCUGGGCAUGCACAGGGUACAUGCCCUUCAACCUGUGGGUCCAUGGCAAUUGAAAAACAACUGACAACCUCAUUACAUAAAAGUUGAACUGAGCCAGGUGCAGUGACUCACGCCUGUAAUCCCAGCACUUUGGGAGGCCAAGGCAGGUGGAGGUCAGGACUUCAAGACUAGCCUGGCAAAAAUGGUAAAACCCCGUCUCUAAUAAAAAUAUAAAUAUUAGCCAGGUGUGGUGGUGCACCCUUAUAAUCCCAGCUAUCUGGAGGCUGAGGCAGCAGAAUCACUUGAACCUAGGAGGUGGAGGUUGCAGUGAGCUGAGUUCAUACCAUUGCACUCCAGCCUGGGUGACAAGAGUGAAACUCCGUCAAAAAAAAAAAAAAAGUUGAACCAGAUUUGGUCUGAUGCAGUUACAGAUCUACAAACCUCACCGUCACCCUCCUGCCAACACCUUCCACUCCUCAUUGUUGAGGGAUUAGGGAUGGAGGUCACGCUUCUGCUUCGACUUCAUGCUGAGCAGGGCACUGAGUCCCCUAAAGUGAAAGGAAUGAAACUCUUGGGCUUCUGAGUUCAAAUGAGUUCUGGGGUCACCCGGAGUAGCUUGAAAGGCUGGUAUUGUUGUAAUACAAGCUGAAGGUGGAAGUGUUGGAGCCUGGAGGACAAACAGCUCACCAUCCAUUUAAAUAAAUAGGACCAAAAAGUAACAGAACAGUGGCCACAAGGGGCCCCAACAGAGGAAGAAACCAGGUGAGGUGCGGUAUAGUGGACUCGACUGCCUUCUAAAUCUCAGUUGUUGGCCGGGUGCAGUGGCUCACGCCUGUAAUUCCAGCAAAAGAAAAGCCGAGGCAGGGUGAUCACGAGGUCAGGAGUUCAAGACCAGCCUGGCAAACAUGGUGAAGCCCUGUCUCUACUAAAAAUACAAAAAUUAGCUAGGCAUGGUGGCAUGUGCUGUAGUCCCAGCUACUCGGGAGGCUGAGGCAGGAGAAUCGCUUGAACCCGGGAGGCGGAGGUUGCAGUGAGCCGAGAUUGUGCCACUGCACUCCAGCCUAGGUAACAGAGCAGGACUCCAUCUCAGUCAAUCAAUCAGUCAGUCUCAGCGGUUGAACUACCCUUGACAUGGUUCAGCUCUGUAUCCACACCCAAAUCUCAUGUCAAAUUGUAAUUCCCAGUGUUGUGGGAGGGACCUGGUGGGAGGUGAUUGGCUCAUGGGGGCCGACUUCCCCCUUGCUGUUCUCGUGAUAUUGAGUGAGCGCUUGUGGGAUCUGGUUGUUUAAAAGCGUGCAGCCCUCCCACUUCACUCUCUCUGUCUCUCCUGCUCCAACAUGGCCAGACGUGCCUGCUUCCCCUUCGCCUUCUGCCGUGAUUUUCAGUUUCCUGAGGCCUCUCCAGCCAUGCUUCCUGUACAGCCUGCAGAACUAGUUUCACUCUUGUCGCCCAGGCUGGAGUACAAUGGCGCGAUCUCGGCUCGCUACAACCUCCACCUCCCAGGACGCUGUGCGGAGCUGCAAGUCCGUAUCACUGAGGCUGUGGCCACAGCCACUGAGCAGAGAGAGAUGAUCACCCGCCUGGAGCAGCACCUGAGCAUCAUUCAGUCCAUCCAGCGGCCCGAUGCUGAGGGUGCCGCUGAGCACCGCCUGGAGAAGAUCCCAGAGCCCAUCAAAGAGGCCACUGCCCUAUUCUACGGACCUGCUGCACCAGCCAGCGGUGCCCUCCCAGAGGGCCAGGUGGAUUCACUGCUUUCCAUCAUCUCCAGCCAGAGGGAGCACUUCCGUGCCCGGAACCAGGAGCUUGAGGCCGAGAACCGCCUGGCCCAGCACACCCUCCAGGCCCUGCAGAGUGAGCUGGACAGCCUGCGCGCCGACAACAUCAAGCUAUUUGAGAAGAUCAAGUUCCUGCAGAGCUACCCUGGCCGGGGCAGCGGCAGUGAUGACACGGAGCUGCGGUACUCGUCCCAGUACGAGGAGCGCCUGGACCCCUUCUCCUCCAUCAGCAAGCGGGAGCGGCAGAGGAAGUACCUGAGCUUGAGUCCCUGGGACAAGGCCACCCUCAGCAUGGGGCGUCUGGUUCUCUCCAACAAGAUGGCGUGCACCAUCGGCUUCUUCUACACACUGUUCCUGCACUGCCUGGUCUUCCUGGAAUUCCAUGAGUACGUUCAGAGCUCUGCUGAAACCCAGAUCCAGUGUCCGAGUGCUUUUGAGAGGACAAGUAGCACCAUCAAAAAGGGAAACCCAUUCCUUUAUUCAAAAACCACCCGGGGCCAGGCGCGGUGGCUCACACCUGUAAUCCCAGCGCUUUGGGAGGCCGAGGCAGGUGGAUCACUUGAGGUCAGGAGUUCGUGACCAGCCUGGCCAACAUGGUGAAACCCCGUCUCUACCAAAAAUACAAAAAUUAGCUGGGCUUGGUGGCGCAUGCCUGUAAUCCCAGCCACUCAGGAGGGUGAGGCAGGAGAAUCGUUUGAACCCGGGAGGCGGAGGUUGCAGUGAGCUGAGAUCGUGCCAGUGCACUCCAGCCUGGGAAACAGAGUGAGACUCCAUCUCAAAAAAAAAAAAAAAAACCACCUGUCGGGCUGUGGUUGGGUGUAUGACGUGUCUUAGUCCACGUCAGUUCCUGGGGAAUCUCUGCUUCCCUUUCUGUGCUCCCCUUUCCCAUGGGCGCCCGCCUGCCAGGGGCUGCAAAGCCCGUGCCCAUCAAUCCCCCUGAGCACCAGCCUCGCAUGGGAACCCCCCGAGACACAGGUUCUGGGCCACCUCACCUCCAGCCCAGCCUCAGAUAGAGGAGCGCAUUCUCUGGGUCUGGAGUGGGUGCAUUAACCCAUUGUCCAGCUGUCACAAGACUGGCUGCAAACCCAGGUCCCCCACUGCAGCCCACCAGGCCAGGGUCCCCUGUGCUACCUCUGUCUCCAUUUUAGUUCUGAACAGUCUAAAGCGUGUGUAUCCAGGGGCCUUUCUUUGGGGUCCCAGUCCCAGCACCCCUCAUCUCCCCCAUGAGGACUUCUUCCAAGCCCCUCAAGCCUCCUGCCCUCAGGGACCCAGGAUGGACCUUUCCUCCCUGACCCUCAUUCCUAUCCCCAGCGAGGUGACAGCGGUUCUUGGCCAACCACGCCCCCUCCACCCCCACAGCCACUUCCACAUCUCCAUCAGUUCCUCCUUGUGGGUCCGAGGCGCUCUGCUGCCGGCCCCUCCUCACUUCUUCCUCCCUGGGGAUGGAUCCAAGCUAUUGUCCUGCCCAUGGCUUCCCAUCUCAGGACCCUCUCUGGCCGCUAUCAUCCCAGCAGUGGAGUUCAGCCCACUACUCUGAACCAGGUUAGUCCACCGCGGGGUCAGGCUCUCCCCUCUCCCGGGAGGGUGGAGACCACAACCAGGCCAUGUAUGGAGCUUCCCUUUCUCCCACGCUCGGGCACCCCCUCCUCCCCCUUCCCGGCCUCAUUCAUAGGUGUCCUGGUUCCCAACCAGGCGUGCAGGCCUGUGUGCAGCUCUGAUCGAGGGCUGGCCCACUGCCGAAGCUUUCAUUAAAGUGUCUGCUGGCCUGGUCCUGCGGAGGGAACAGAGCCGAGAUGUCGGGCAGGGAAGGGGUCUGCCUGUCUUCCGUGCCCCUGUGGAGGGCAGCACCGGAGUUUUGGGCAGCAGGUGAAGGCUCUGUCCCCUCCACCUUCAACUCUGGAAGCCCCACCUUUCCAUCCCUAAGAAGGGUUUGAUAAAAACCCUUGUCUGUAAAUUAGAGAUGGGAAAUGGCUCUGGGAAAAGUCAGAGGUCAGUUUGGGCCCGGGAGGGCGACAGAUGGAGGCAGCUCCGGCUGGCAAGGAGACCAGGACAGAACUGCCAGAGGUGGGGGCAGGGGACAAGGAGGGAGAUGAGGGGAGAAGACACCCAGGGGUCCCCCCCGCUAUCUCCAGGAGCAAGACUACUCUCUUCUCUGAGCGGCCCUUUCCACACCUCUGCCCCCACCGAAGCCCUCCCUCCCCUCUCAGACCCCUUCCAGG